AUGCACAGAGUAGAAGCAAGUUGCAGUCAGUGCGGUUCCCAUCUUGGUCAUGUAUUCGAGGAUGGUCCCCGUCCAACUGGGAAAAGAUACUGUAUAAAUUCAUCAUCACUGAACUUCAUAGCAGAGGCAUCCGGUGGUGCUGAAGGAACUGGUGCUUCAGCAGCAUCUCCAAAGGCUGAACUGUAA